AUGGCGAAUCAAAGCAAUAAUGAAAUUUCUCAAAUAGCUACUCAACAAUUAUUUGAUGAAUAUAUCAAUUCACCAUCGAUUAGAAACAAAUUAUUAUUAGUUCAUAUUGAAUUAGAACAAAUUCCUGUUUGUAAAACUGUUAAUGAAGGAUUAUUAGCUAUAAAUCGUGACCCUGAAUUUAUGGAACAAUUAGCUAUAUGUCGUUUAAAUGCUGAUCAUUUUUAUAAUUUACUUAAUGAUGAAAAUGUCAAUGCAGCACCAACAGUUCUCUUUUAUCAUCAAACAAAAAUUAUUGAUCGUGUUGAUGGUUUUAAUCAAAGUGAUUUAUUAAAAAAAAUUAAAUUACAUUUAAAUACAAUUGGUGUUGUACAAGCAACAGAAAUAAAAUCUAAUGAUAAUUCAACAAUAAAUAAUGCUGAAAAUAAAAUAAAACAAUUACUUAAUUCAUCACCAAUUAUUUUAUUUAUGAAAGGCACACCAGCUAGUCCACAAUGUGGUUUUAGUCGACAAGCAUGUCAUUUACUUGAUGAACAUAAAAUAAAAUUUGAUUAUUUUGAUGUACUUGCUGAUGAAAAUGUACGUGAAGAAUUAAAAAAAUAUUCAAAUUGGAAUACUUAUCCACAAUUAUAUGUUGGUAGUGAAUUAAUUGGUGGAUUAGACAUAAUGAAACAAAUGAUUGAAAAUGGAGAUUUUGAAUCCAAAUUACAACAACAAAAAAUAAAUGAACAGGAAAAUAAUUCGAAAAAAAAUUUAGAAAGUUUAAUUAAUCAAGCACCAUUAAUGCUUUUUAUUAAAGGUACACGUGAAACACCACGUUGUGGUUUUACAAAAGAAUUAAUUGAUUUAUUAUCUAAAGCUAAUAUAACUGAUUAUAAAACAUUUGAUAUAUUAGAAGAUGAAAAUGUUCGACAAAAACUUAAAGAAUAUUCAUCAUGGCAAACAUAUCCACAAAUAUAUGUUAAUGGACAGCUUAUUGGUGGUUUAGAUAUACUUAAACAAAUGGAUGAAGAAGGAACAUUAGUACAAACAUUAACUGGGAAACAAGGAGUAGCUGUUUAA